UGGCUUCCCUCCUUCCUCCGCUCCCCCCCCCCCCCCCCAAGUUGUCUGUAACUCUUCGUUCCCUUUCAACAAUGGAAGGCAUUGCCAAUGAACGUCUCGAUUUCGGAAAGAUGGAAUAUGGAUGCAAGCAUUAUCGGAGGAGAUGCAAGAUUCGAGCUCCCUGCUGCAACGAGAUCUUCCCUUGCCGUCACUGCCACAACGAGGCUAUGCAGAGCACUCUCAGAAACCCCCUUGAUCGCCAUGAACUUGUCAGGCAACAUGUUCAGAAAGUUGUUUGUGCAGUUUGUGACACUGAGCAGAAGAUUGCUCGGGUUUGUUCUAACUGCGGUGUCAAUAUGGGUGAAUACUUCUGUGAAGUCUGCAAAUUCUACGAUGAUGAUACUAGCAAAAAACAGUUUCAUUGCAAUGAUUGUGGAAUUUGCAGAAUUGGUGGCCGCGAUAAUUUCUUUCACUGCAAGAAGUGUGGUUCUUGCUAUGCGGUUAGCCUACGUGAUAAUCACCUGUGUGUGGAGAACUCCAUGGGACAUCACUGUCCCAUCUGUUAUGAGUAUCUUUUUGACUCACUGAAAGAAACAACAGUUAUGAAGUGUGGCCACACGAUGCACAUGGAAUGUUAUCGUGAGAUGAUAAAGCAUAAUCAAUAUUGUUGUCCCAUAUGCUCAAAGUCGGUCGUUGACAUGUCUAGAGCCUGGAGGAAAAUUGAUGAAGAGGUUGAGGCAACCAUCAUGCCUGAAGAUUACCGUUACAAAAAGGUGUGGAUCCUCUGUAAUGAUUGCAAUAACACUGCUGAAGUCUUCUUUCACAUAAUUGGGCAUAAAUGUAGUCACUGCAAUUCCUACAAUACCCGCAACAUUUCCCCUCCGGUUCUCCCUUGACGAGCAGAUUAUUUGCAUUGGAAGAUUCAGUUUAUUCUUUGAGGGAUACAUUCUUCAUUUGCUAGCCAAAGGUCAAGUCACCUGUUGAUAAUCUGUUGUAGGCUUCAUCCAAACAUAAAUCAAAAUGGUCUUGUUGGUAUUUGGCUAGUUUAUGUUAUUACCUUGUUUUGAUAGAUUGUGUAUUACCAUACCUAUACCAUUUCUUGGCAAUCAUCUUC